AUGGCAAAACCUUUAGAUCACAUAAAGAGACCCAUGAACGCCUUCAUGGUUUGGUCCAGAGGCCAGAGGAGAAAAAUGGCCCGGGAAAAUCCAAAGAUGCACAACUCUGAAAUCAGUAAGCGACUCGGCGCGGCGUGGAAGAUGCUCUCCGACUCGGAGAAACGUCCCUACAUCGACGAGGCCAAGAGACUGCGGGCUCAGCACAUGAAGGAGCACCCGGACUACAAGUACAGACCCCGGCGCAAACCCAAAAGCCCCUUUAAGAGGGAUCGCUUCCUUUUCCCACUGCCGUCUCUGUUCGGUGACGCAUCAGAGCACUUGAAGGGCUUUUCGAUAGAUUCUUUUCUCGUCCCCGGGGAUAAAGCCAGGGCUCUCCUUGCCCCCACCUGGUCAUUCUCUCUCUUGGACCCGGUCACCCAGUUCAGCGCGGGAGCUGUCCAGCGGAUGGCGGCGGAGAUGCCGCAGACUGUGGCCGCGGGCGCACUGCCAUACCACGGCGCGCACGGCUUCGGGUACCAGGGCGCAGGGUUCGGGGCCGUGGCGUGCCCCGGGCAGCACAUCUCCCCGUCACCUGCCGGCCCGGGAUACGUGACUUCGUGCAGCUGCAGCGCCUGGUCGGCGGCCAGUUUGCAGCCCCAGGUGGCUUACAUUCUGCUUCCCGGAGGGAUGAGCAAGAGCGGCUCCUACACCCCGCCAGGUGCGUCUCUGUGA